GAUGCUAAUUAAACGUGUCCUGUCUCUGUGCAUUUGUCUCAUAUAUAAGACCAACAGACGGACAGACUGAACAAAGACGGGGCGAGGUGACAAACUCAGAAGCACGGAUUCCAUUCAGUCAGAGUGUGUGAUGAAGAUGAUGAUGAUGACGAGGAUGGUGAUGAAAAUGUCACCGUGGCUUCUGUUUCUCGGCCUGGCUGUGAGCUACACUGCUGCUGCUGCUGCUGCACCAGGCAGCUGUGUGGGUCGUUGUGGUGAGGUUUUCACCAGAGGCCAGCAGUGCACCUGUGACUUCAGCUGCCUGCACCAUAAUGAAUGCUGCCAAGACUUUGAGGCUCUUUGCACCACUGCUCAGUCCUGCCAGGGUCGCUGCGGUGAGACAUUCAGGCGUGGACAGCUUUGUGAGUGUGAUCCACAGUGCAUCAACUACAACACCUGUUGCCAUGACUACCCGCGACACUGUGAUGCCAGUGUGUCAGUCUCACACCCCCGGACUCUCCAUCCUCUGAGGGCUGCAGCUUCAGGAAAUCGUAAAUCCCAGAAGAGCAAGAAAAGGUCCAACAGUGAGAGCGAGGAAUGGUACACAGGUGUGAGCAACAUCCCUGUUGGUCUGCUGCCAGCGUCCAGUGCUGCCUCUCGUGGUAGAGCUCCAGAAGCACCAGCACCUGGUUACUCUCUGCCGGGCAACAGUGCUCCGUCUCGGGGGAGCAGUGCCUCUGUCGCUCCCUCUGGUCCUGGAGGUGCUGGUGGAAAUCUUAAUAUCCACCUGGUGCUGUCACCUGGGGGAACAGCUCCAUCUGGGCCAGGUCAAGGUCCCAUGCCUGCAGGCUCCAGGCCCAGCACUCUGCAGGACAUAGCUCAGGGACUGGGUCUCUCCAUGGGGGAAUCAGGUUCUGAGGGACCAGGGACAGGAUUCUUAGCUGAUAUCAACCUUUGCAGUGAGUCUCCCAUCAAUGGACUGACAGCUCUCAGCAAUGGGACCAUACUGAUAUUUAAAGGGGAGCUGUUCUGGUCAGUGGACCCUGUCAGUCGCUCAGUUGGCCAACCACAGAGUAUCACAGACACUCUGGGUGUGUCCUCUCCCAUCGAUGCAGUCUUCACACGCUGCAACUGUCAUGGAAACACCUACAUCAUCAAGGGUGACCAGUUCUGGCUUCUUGAUGGCAACAUGGCGAUGGAGCCGGGCUACCCCAAACCUCUGGCCUCUGAGUUCCCAGGUCUGACAGGAAGCAUCAGUGCUGCACUGCCAGUACCGGCCACCAGGAGCACACCGGAGACUGUCUUCUUCUUUAAAAACGGAGACAUCAUGCAGAGGUUCACCUUCCCAUCAGACGGAACUCCUUCCUGCAGCAAGACACCAAGAAGUUCCCCUCAGAGGCGUUUUGCUCGUCAGGCUGAAGUUCUUCUAAGUGGAGAGAUCAACCUCAAAGUGUCUCUGAAGGGUUUCCCCACCCCGGUCACCUCUGCUCUGUCCAUGCCCAGCCCUCAGAGGAGCGACCGAUACGAGCACUACGUCUUCUCCGGACCUCUCUUCUUCAGAGUCCAGAUUUCAGGUAACCUACCAACGCUGGCCAAGCCUGAUGCACCUGCAGUCUUCGCACCCCUACCCAUCCUCAGCCCUGCUGCUGUGGCAACUAGUGCUGCCAAUAUGGCGGCGCAGAAUGCUAACCCCUCCCAGCCAGCCUCAUCCAACUCCAUCACAGUGUGGCUGCGCUGUCCAUAGGAACACCCUGGAAUACGAGAGAAGAAAGAGGCUCUGUUCUGAUAUUUUCUGCAUUUCUAGUCAUUAGAUAUACCUACUUAACUAAGAGUGGCAAUGUUUAUUCUAAGACAUUCAUAUCAUCAUUUUAAACUCACACAGUGAAUUCUUAAAAUGUCAUCUAAAUGCCAGCACAGGAAAACAUGCCAGAGGAAAUGUUUUGUUUCUUGAUUGACUUAAUUCAAAUAAUUGUUAAAUAAUCUUCUAUCAACCAACUGAUUA